UUCGCUUGCCCUGCACUUCUCCUACUCCGAAUAUUUCUCUCUCGCAGGCCCGACGCGACGCGACCCCCUCCCCUCCCUAAUCAUUGAUUGAUUGCCCCUCGCUCGACCGGGCCGAGGUUUCUCCCGCCGGCGAGGAGCGGGCCCGCUCGCGCGCAGACAGAAUCCGGUCUGAAGGGCGGUUUUGCUCGGCUCCGGCUCGGUGUGUUUGGUGGAUCGAGGGGAUGGAGCGGCGGCGGUGGCUGCAGGCCGCGGUUCUAAUGUGCUUGCUGCUGCUUUGCUCCGGGAGAGAACUUAAGAACAAAAGACAAGCGCCAGCAUAUAAUUCCACUCUCGCCAAGACGCUUGCAGAGUAUACUUCAGCAGUUUAUACUAAUGACCUGUCACAGUUAUUCACCUGGACCUGUGAAAAAUGUGGUGACUUAACGGAGGGGUUCGAGGUGAUCGAGCUGAUUAUUGAUGUGAAAAAUUGCUUGGAGGCAUAUGUCGGUUUUGCAAGUGACAUGAAUGCUGUUGUAGUUGCAUUCAGAGGGACUCAGGAGAACAGCAUCCAGAAUUGGAUUGAGGACUUAUUUUGGAAACAACUUGAUUUUGACUAUCCAGGCAUGACUGAAGCAAAGGUGCACAGUGGGUUUUAUUCUGCAUAUCAUAAUACAACAUUGCGUGAUGGAGUCAUCAAUGGCAUCCAGAAGACCAGGGAAGCAUAUGGCAAUAUUCCCAUCAUGGUGACAGGACAUUCCAUGGGAGGGGCCAUGGCUUCGUUUUGUGCCCUUGAUCUAAUUGUCAACUAUGGGUUAAAGGACGUGACCCUGCUGACAUUUGGGCAACCUCGGAUUGGUAAUGCUGUGUUUGCUUCCCACUUUAAGAAAUACUUGCCAAAUGCAAUUCGAGUUACCAACGCACAUGAUAUUGUGCCUCAUCUACCCCCGUACUACCAGUACUUCCCACAGAAAACCUACCAUCAUUUCCCACGAGAGGUAUGGGUUCAUAAUAUUGGACUCGAUAGCCUAGUAUACCCGAUCGAGCAAAUCUGUGACGAUUCUGGUGAAGACCCCACUUGCAGCAGGUCCGUGAGUGGAAAUAGCGUGCAAGACCAUAUCCACUAUCUUGGCAUUAGCAUGCAUUCUGAUUCGCGCGGAUCAUGCAGGAUCGUCACGGAUGACAAUAUGCUCAGGCACAAAGUUGACACUGUAGACGGUGCUAUUGUCUUCUCGAAGCAGCCUGGUUUAUCAGUUGAUCAGCUACUCAGUACACAGUAAACAAGCUCAAGAUUACAUGGAUUUAUUUUGAUGGUUCUUUUUUUUUCCAAAGUACAAUAUUCUUGUUGGCAAUCAAAGCACUAUCUCAUGUAUAUAUACGCGCGUGAUCCUGGCUGGAUUAAAUUGUCCUAGCUGAGGGUGUAUUUCUGAAGUGUACAAACAUAUUUAUGCUGAUUAAUUUGUUCAUAUUCUUGUAUAUAA